GCCCGCGCUGCGUCCCGGGGGCGGGGAGGGAGGGCUUGGGCUCCGCGCCUCCCCGGUCCCUUGCGUGUCCCCCUUCAACGGCGCGGCCCGGCGCAUCGGCCCCGGCGCCCCCGGCAUCACCCGGGCUGAAUCUCCUUCCCGGCUUUAAUCACUGAAACCCCUUCUAGGCAGGCCCGCAGACAGAAUGAGUGCUGGCCGAGCUCUCUCGGGGCGCGGGGCCGCGCAGCCGGAGGUGCCGGGGGGAUGCGGGACGGGAAGCGGGAGCCUCCAGCCCCCAUGGCCGCCGCAUCCUUCACCGUGCGCGGCUUUCCGGGCAUCGCCGUGGCCUCGUCUUGCGGCGCCUUUCGGCACUGGCACAGUUCGAUGUGCUUGGGGAAUGUCCAGAACAUCAUUUGCCGCAUGCAGGGAGUGUUUUUCAUCAGUAGAAAACGCUCUGGCAGUGUUGUUUGCCACAGAACGUGUUAGACUUGUGUACACGAGUUUUGGUUUAAAUAAUAAUAAUUUAAGGGCAGAAUUAAUGUAACUGUUCGUGACAGUGUUUCAGUAUUCUCCAUCUAAAGAAGUUAAAUGUGUUGUCCUCAAUACCUCAAAGAAAGAACAUUCAAUAACAAUUUAACAUUAUGGAUCUCGCUGUUUAUUAUUUAGUACUCAAGAACAUGUGGUAAUAAAGGGAAAUAAUGCACACCUACAUGUGUACUUCUUGCAGUCUUUGAAGUUUUUACCCAUACUGGUAGUACAAGUUAAAAAGCUGUCAAAAUUCUAAUAAAAUGUUUAUAUUUAUAGUCUUACUUUAAUUCUAGGUAAUAAUUCUAGGUCAUAAUUGAACUGCUCCUAUUUUCUGGAAUGUCCAACCAGUAUCGCUGAAUUUAGAUUUAACCUUAAAUAAACAUAGUGGACUUCAGUUCACGUGUGUAUGACACAGAAUGUAAAACACUUUUAAAAUAUGUUUCUUUAAAAAUCUAGACCCAUCUCUUUCCUCUGAUGUUUGAGUAUACACAGUAUUGAGGAUCUCUUAAUUUGAAGUUGUAGGAUGCCUGUUUUGAAAACAUUGGCAGAAUUGUCCUGUGAACAUGGAACUUAACUGAUGUGCCAGCUUUCACUUGUUGUGAAAAAGGAACAGAAGUCACAAAUGCUGAUGCCCGGUCCUCUGAGGAAAGCACUGGGCCAGAAGUUCUUCAUCUUUCCAAGUGUUGAGCACGACAGUGACGAUGAUUCCUACGAAGUGCUGGAUCUAACAGAAUAUGCUCGGCGUCACCAUUGGUGGAAUCGUUUGUUUGGCCGCAAUUCAGGACCAAUUGUAGAAAAAUACUCUGUAGCCACACAGAUUGUGAUGGGAGGUGUGACUGGCUGGUGUGCGGGAUUUUUGUUCCAGAAAGUUGGAAAGCUUGCAGCAACUGCAGUAGGUGGUGGCUUUCUUCUGCUUCAAAUUGCUAGUCAUAGUGGAUACGUACAAGUUGACUGGAAGAGAGUUGAAAAAGAUGUAAACAAAGCAAAAAAACAGUUAAAAAAGCGUGCAAAUAAGGCAGCUCCUGAAAUCAACACUCUCAUUGAAGAGUCAACAGAAUUUAUCAAACAGAACAUUGUGGUGUCCAGUGGCUUUGUUGGAGGCUUUUUGUUGGGGCUGGCGUCGUGAGGACCCCAACGUCCCUUCCAGAUGGGAUCCGUGUCGGCCAAGAUUGCGAGCAGUGUGGGUCACUGGGCCUGCCAGAGCAAGACAAGAGGACUAGCUAGGCAACUUGGGAGCUUUUACAUUUCAGGCUUUUGCCUCUUGAAGCUUGGUAAAACUAGGAUUUGCUGAAAAACUGUGCAGUGUGCUCAUUAUAGCAUUUCUGGGCAAAACUGGUUCAUCCUCAUCAUGUCUCUUUUUAUCUAUGGCCUUUCAAGAUCUAGCAUUUUUUAAAAUGUUAUUCUUGGAAUAUAGCUGUGUAACCAUACUGUAAGAAUGAAAGCUCCAUUUCUGUGUUUUCAGUUAAAUACUGUUUAUUUAAAAAGUAUUUUUCUUCAUGCUGUAGUAGGUAGUAUCAAUGACUACAUACUGUAUAUGAUACUGUGGUUUCAGCCUCCUGGCUGUCCAUCUUCUUUAGAAGUCACUGCAAUAAUCUGUAAUACCUUUUUACAGAGUAUUAAAUAACAAAGAAUCAUGAGCUUAUUAAAGGUGAAAAUUAACUUUGG